UUUGUAUACAUGUUUCAAAUGUCAAUCUGUAAAACCAAAUUAGCUUAACAAUAAUUCUACAAGGGACACAAACGCUAUAAUGGAAUUGGAUCCGGAGCUUGUGAAGGAGUUCGCAUGUCUUCAGGUCUCCACACGUGAGAUAAGCGCCGAGGAGCUGGCCAAUUUCGAUGAGAAUGCGCCGCUUGGGCCACGUAGCCAGGUUAAGCAUCCAUCAUAUAAACAUGUGCCCCAAUUCUUUUAUGUGCCACCGCCGCCGGAUGAUAAGUUGCGAUAUCUGUUGCGCAGGGAGGCGCACUCGCUGUUCCUGCAGCAGCAAUCCGAGGAGCUGCUGGACAACGACGAGCUGAACGAGUUGUGGAGCAAGCUGGAGCAGCAUGUCACCGAGACGACCGCCAAGAAGCAGCAGCUGAUCAACUACGAUGACUACUGCAAGUUGCAGUCUGCGAUUGGCAAGAAGUGCCGCAGGUAUCUCACGGCUCGGCUCUUUGCCCAUUUGCUCAGUGAUUCGCCUUACCUCGGCAGCGUGGAGAUUAUCUCCAUUUUUAAUUUUACCAUGCGCAAGGUGUUUCUAACUCAGUGUCGCAUCGGACUCUCCUUUUACGAUGAGGUCGGACAGGGCUAUUUACGUGAGUUCGACAUGGAGAACUACAUUCUGGAUAUAAUUCCAACGCUGAAGCAGAUACGUGACAAAAUGCAGCCCGCCUUUGAGAAGUUCUACGUGUGCACCGUGGUUAGGAGGUUUUACUUUUUUCUCGAUCAUUUGCGCACGGGUCGUAUACGCAUUACCGAUAUGCUCGCUUCGGGUCUGAUCAACGAGCUAAUGGAACUGCGCGACGAGCCAAGCCCAACGGCAUCGUCUCAGCCUUCACAGUCUAACUGUUUUUCCAUGCCCGCCGUGCUGGCGGUCUAUGGCAGCUAUCUGAACCUGGACUUGGAUCAUAAUGGCUUACUAAGCAAACAGGAAUUGGCUGGAUAUGGCUCGGGCACGCUCACUUCAAUAUUUCUGGAUCGCGUAUUUGAGGAGUGCCACACUUACGAUGGUGAAAUGGACUACAAAACAUUUUUGGACUUCGUUUUGGCACUGGAGAAUCGACAGACUUCUUCGGCAAUGCACUAUCUCUUCCGAAUGCUGGACGUGCAGCACACUGGCUACCUGACGAUGCAGACACUGCACUACUUCUUCAAGGGUAUAGAGGAGCAGUUGGUGGUGCUAAAUGCUGAGCCAAUCAGGUUUGAGGACUUCAACAAUGAGAUAUUCGACAUGGUGAAGCCCAAGGAUCCAUGCAAGAUAACACUGCAGGAUCUGCACAAUUGCGGCCAGGCUGAGACUGUGGUGUCCAUAUUAAUUGAAUUUCAUAAAUUCUGGGCUUACGAGAACCGCGACGACAAUCCGCAACAUGUUUAAUGGGCACAUGCCACAUAACGACGGCGGCAGCCCAAGUAAAUGCGCCAACAACAUUAAGCGAAAUUUAAUUAAAAUCCAGUGCAGACAAACAACGACAGCAUACCCCCUCCCACAUAAGGGGCGUCCCCCCUUAUUGUCAGACCCUGCCUUUGACUACCAAAUGCCCGUUCAGACUACCUAAAAUUAAUGUGCAACUUGUCCGAUUUGCGACUGUGUUUCUGAGUAGUACUGUAAAAUAUUGCUUUGUGGAAAGUUUGUGAAAGUGUCAGUGUUGUGUAAUUAUCUGAAGGACCUGGCUACAUUAUAACACUCAAAAAACUCAAGCCUGCAGCCAUUGUCAACACGCAAAUGAACCCGUUGUGUUUAGUUCCUGUGAGAGUUAAAUUCAAAUAUUAGAUAGCCUAAACCAACA